AUGGUCUCGCAAGUGUUUGCAGCCAAGGAGUCGGAUCUUUCGAAACAGAGGUUGCUGCAAUGGUUUUAUAAUGCCACUAUGGAAGAUGGCUGGGCCUCUCGCGAUGAGCCAGAUGCGUUCCACGCUGAUCACCAUGCACUCAACAUGAUGCUGAGGGAGGAUUUUGUCAAGGUCUCUACCAACAAAACAGCCAGUUCCCUGGAGUCUGAAGCCGCGAGACUUGUCACUAAGCCUUUUCACGAAAAGUCCCGGACCCUUGGCCUGGACUACAACAAUUCUUGGGAGCGAUAUGGUCGAGUCACCUACAAUAAAGAUGACAGCGCUGAGGCGGAUCUGUACGGCUUGAUUAACAACUACAUGGGCCAGAUUGCCAUCGAUAUUCUCUGGGGCAAAUCGCUCCUCAAAAACUACCCGGGCCUUCUGGAAGAUAUGUUCGACUUUGAUCGUGGCAUCCAUCAUUUCUUCGUGAGAGGCCUCGCCAAGAUCACAAAAGCCGGCCGUCGUGCCAAAACAGGCCGUAACCGUCUAGCAGCUGCUAUGCGCGAUUGGUACGAAGCAGUUGCAGCUCUCCAAGCUGGUGAGGACCCGGGCUCGUGGUGGAAGGACCUGAAGCUCGACGAGGUCUCAGAAGUCCUCCGAGUAAGAGUGAAGACAGCCGUCGAAAGGAGAGCAUCUGCCACUCUGCAAAAGACGCAAGACGCUCAAAUCGUCUGGGGAGUCAACGUCAACUCCAACAAGAACGUAUUUUGGAUGCUCCUGCACGUAUACUCAAGGCCUGAGUUGCUCUCUGCCAUCCGCGCUGAGAUCUCUACCUACAUCAAGGUCUCGGAGACCGGUGAGCGUGGACCAGAUGGCUUGCCAAAACUGAGCAUCGACGUCGACGGUUUGACCAAGUAUUGCCCACUUGUCAAGGCGGCCUUCUAUGAGACGAUGCGUCUCAGUAUGGCAGGCCUGGCCACCCGAGAUGUGGUCCAGGACAUCAUCUUGACCGAGUCCGUGGCCGACGCCGCCAUGUUUGGGAAAGCCAAGGCCCAGUCGUACACCAUUCCGGCGGGCAGCACACUCGUCCUUGCGAACGGCCACAUGCAGCGGGAUCCUCGCAUUUUUCCUGAGCCAGACAAGUUUGAACCACAACGUUUCAUUGAGGUCCUCAAAGACGGCACGCAGCGCGCCAACAUGAGAAAUUUGCACACAUUUGGUGGCGGCCUCUACAAGUGCAAAGGACGCUAUUUUGCGGAGAGAGAGGUGGUCACUUUCGCUUCUUGUCUCUUUUUCAUGUGGGAUAUCAGCCCCGCAGACGGUGACAGAAUCGUUUUCCCUGAAAUGGGAACUGCUGGAGCUUCGAGAAGCCCCAAAACCGACGUUCGCGUGAAGCUGAUCAGGAGGUUUGCCUAG